AAUCAACUUCAAUAACCUCCAUGGCACUCACCUCCUACUACUCCACGGGGUUUCUUGUCAAAAUUACGAUGAUUUAUCGCGUUUAGGUUACAACUUCAUGAUAUGGAAUCCGUCUAUAAGAAAGUCAGUGAUCCUUCCCAAGCCUGGCCUUAGAUAUGAGACUUUUGGUGGGUAUAAUGCUUGUCAUGGGUUCGCAUUUGAUGCCAUUAUCAAAGACUAUAAGGUUGUGAGGAUUGUCGAGGAGGAACCUAGGGAUCAAACAUUUGUGGAGGUUUAUUCAUUAGCUGCAGGCUCGUGGAGUGACUCUAGGCUUGUUGAUCCCCAAUGUGGAAUAAAUAUAGGCUCACCCCAGGCUUUUGUUAAUGGGGCUCUUCACUGGGAUGCACACCGUUUUAGAAGUAGCUCAUAUCGCUAUUUUAUACUGGCAUUUGAUGUGAGCAGCGAGUUAUUUCGGGAGAUGAUGUUGCCAAAGAGUUUGGACCCGAAUUUGGCCAGUUUCUUGUCAUUGCAAUUGUCUGUAUCUGGAGAUGGAAAAUCCCUUGCUAUGUUCGUGAGAGAUUCUACAAGAAGUUCUUUUCUUGAUAUAUGGGUGAUGAAAGAGUAUUCUGUGCAGGAGUCGUGGACCAAAUUGUACAGUAUCUAUCCACAAGAUCCAGCGGACAGUUUACUCAGACCACUAUGUUUUAGGAAGAGUGGUGAAGUAGUGUUGGAAAUAUAUCGUCGCCGGUAUGGAGAGAUAAAAACUGGAAUUGAAUUAUUUUCACUAGACCUUGUGAGUGGACAACUCGAGCCUCUUGGCAUUUCUAGAUAUCAUUAUCACACCAUGGAUCCUUACCAUGAGAGCAUUGUCUUACUUGACAGAAAUGAUGCGAUCUUUUGCUGAGCAAAAGAAGAGGCUUGUUCAGCAAUAACAACAAUCUUGGAAGUGAUGCUACUCCAAAUCUUAAAGUGCUGAUGCACUUUCUCCAGUAGUUCUCUGUUAGUUUGUUGUUGAUUUGGCAAUUUGGGAAUAGUGCUUGUAGUCUUCAUAGCCGCUUGUUAACUUAAGACUUUCCGUA